CUCCUUCCCGAACCGCCAUUUUGAAAAUCUUGUUGAUUUCGGGGAGCCGAGCGCGGGGCGAGUGUCCCCCGGAGAGCGGCCCGCGCGCCUUCCCCUCGGCGCCCGACUCCGCCUCUAGAGCCUCUUCGUGCCCUCGGCAGGCCCGCGGCGGCCGGGAUCGGCGGCCGCCAGCAUGUCCUCCCCGGGCCCCGCGGCGGACGGAGAGGGGGGCCCCGGGCAGCCCGCGUCCGAGAGGGAGCCCGACCUGCCCGACGCGAGGGACGAGAGUGAGGAGGACGAGGAGGACGGCGGCGACGACGAGGAGGAAGAAAAGAGUCUCAUCGUGGAAGGCAAGAGAGAAAAGAAAAAAGUAGAGAGGUUGACUAUGCAAGUCUCUUCCUUACAAAGAGAGCCAUUUACAAUUGCACAAGGAAAGGGGCAGAAACUUUGUGAAAUUGAAAGGAUACAUUUCUUUCUAAGUAAGAAGAAAACGGAUGAACUAAGAAAUCUACAUAAACUGCUUUACAACAGACCAGGCACAGUGUCCUCAUUAAAGAAGAAUGUGGGUCAGUUCAGUGGCUUUCCAUUUGAAAAAGGAAGUGUCCAAUACAAAAAGAAGGAAGAAAUGUUGAAAAAAUUUAGAAAUGCCAUGUUAAAGAGCAUCUGCGAGGUUCUUGAUUUGGAGAGAUCGGGUGUAAAUAGUGAACUAGUGAAGAGGAUUUUGAAUUUCUUAAUGCAUCCAAAGCCUUCUGGCAAACCAUUGCCAAAAUCGAAAAAGUCUUCUAGCAAAGGCAACAAAAAGGAACGGAAUAGUUCUGGAAUGGCCAGGAAAGCUAAGCGAGCCAGAUGUCCCGAGAUCCUGUCAGAUGAGUCUAGCAGUGAUGAAGAUGAGAAGAGAAACAAGGAGGAGUCUUCAGAUGAUGAAGAUAAAGAGAGUGAAGAGGAGCAGCCACCAAAAAAGACAUCUAAAAGAGAAAAACCUAAACAGAAAGCUACUUCUAAAAGCAAGAAAUCUGUAAAAAGUGCGAAUGUUAAGAAGGCAGACAGCAGCACCACCAAGAAGAAUCAAAACAGCUCCAAAAAAGAAAGUGAAUCUGAGGAUAGUUCAGAUGAUGAACCUUUAAUUAAGAAAUUGAAGAAACCUCCUACAGAUGAAGAGUUAAAGGAAACAGUAAAGAAAUUAUUGGCCAAUGCUAACUUGGAGGAAGUCACAAUGAAGCAGAUUUGCAAAGAGGUAUAUGAAAAUUACCCUGCUUAUGAUUUAACUGAAAGAAAAGAUUUCAUAAAAACAACUGUUAAAGAGCUGAUUUCUUGAGCUACAGGACCAAGACAGAUGACUUGUUCCCAUGGAUUUAAAGAUCUGAUUUAUACCAUUAUACCAGCAAAGAAAUGUAUUUCCUUUUCUAAAUCUUUGCAAGCAUUGUGUUGGUAGAACUUACUGCUGACCUUUUUGAUCCUGAGUGUUACGUAAAUAUGAGUUUGUUUUUAAAUUGCAUUUCUAUGCAGUUUUUAGUUUAAAAUUUUGCAUGGCAGUUAUCUUGCUUUUAUAGUUGUAUUUUGUACAUUUUGGAUUUCUUUAUAUAAGGUCAUAGAUUCCUGAACUGUUGUAGUUUUUAGCACACUUAAUGUUAGCCUGUUUCAGACAUAAUUUUAAUCAAGUAGAACAGAAAUUUUUAUAACUGGCAUUUAUACACGCAGAGACUAUUGCAGUAUUUAGUAUGUGAACUAUUGUGAAUACACAUCCUCGUCAGUGUGAAAACUCAGAGGCAGUGUGUUCAUCGCAUUA